UUAAAGUCAGACUUAAUUCAUGGGUUUAUUUUUUCUUCUCAACAGUAGUCAUGCUGUAAUAAUAAGAGGCAUCUUGAUGUCAUAAACACUAAUAAAUGACUAAAAAGGAGAUGGGCACAGAAAUAAGGAUAGUUUACCUUUGUAUUACCUCUAAUGCUUUACAGGUUAGGCAGAGAAGUGAGUUCUGGCAUUUGUUCUCCUUAAUAUGUGAAUAUAAUUUAUAAAUAUGGUUUGUGGUGCCUAUUAGAGAUGAAAAAAUAGUUUCCACUGGUUCCAUGGAUGACCACGGCUAGCAAACAUGCAAAUUAGAAAAAGGCACAUCUGUGAAGUCUGGGGCAAAGCUUGGUGAGCAGGAAAAAGGGAUGGAUUUCAAGUCCCACUUUCCCCUCCCAGGCAGCUCUGCACAGGAAUACCUGCACCACCAUAUUCAGCAGCUGAGUCUGGGCCGUGGUGGCUCCAAGAGGAUGCUUGAGGGCCUGAAAGUGAACAAGAUGGACAGGUCCACCAAAGAGGAAGAGGAAGAGGAGGAUCGUGCCUUCACCAACAUUUCUCUUGCAGAUGACACAGACCAUUCAUCAAGAAUUUUGUAUCCAAGGCACAGAAGUUUGUUACCGAAGAUGAUGAAUGCUGACAUGGAUGUUGAUGCUGAAAAUCAGGUGGAACUGGAGGAAAAAACACGACUUAUCAAUCAAGUGUUGGAACUCCAACACACACUUGAAGAUCUGUCUGCAAGAGUAGAUGCAGUUAAGGAAGAAAAUCUGAAGCUAAAAUCAGAAAACCAAGUUCUCGGACAAUAUAUAGAAAAUCUCAUGUCAGCUUCUAGUGUUUUUCAAACAACUGACACAAAAAGCAAAAGAAAAUAAGGAAUUGAUAUCUCUUAUGUCUUAUGGAAUUGCUGCUGAUCUUUUUUUUCUUUAAAACUUGGAUAGAUCCCAAAAGUUAUAGUACUUUUGUUUGUGGCUUCACUGAGUAUUUAUGAAGAUAAUGUCAGAUCUAGGAAAAAUUAAGAGCAUAACAGAAGACUUCCAUGAGUUUGUGUAUUAUGUUAGUCUAUGAAAAUGUGCAAAUGUAGAGACUUUAUAAUUAGAAAUGCAUAUAUUUAUGAAACUUGAAAAUGAAUGUUUUAUCAAAUUUGUUUUGAUCUAUAGGGUUAGCAUUGUCUUAUAUUGUAGGCAUAGAGAUACACGCAAAUAACUACCGUGUUGUGAAAAAGUAACCAAAAUCACGUACUGAAUGCACAGCUUUAUGUACCCUGUCUACCAUCGUGUGCCUCUUUUCCAUUUGCUUUCUUGCUGUUUUUCCUUCCCCUAAGGAAAAAAUUGGUUUCACAUUUGUAAAAAGUAGUUUCAGUAGCUAAUCAUCUAGGAGAGUAGCCUGAACUCUUAACUGUUGAAACUUAACCAAAAUAAGAUACUUUCUCAGUUAGGGCUUAUUUAUUGUUUAGUAGUAAGGAUAGUAGUUUUCUCUUUCAUUAAUUGAAAAUGAAGGCUAUAAAAAUGAAGAUUUUUCUUUGAAUUAUGGUAUGGGGAAGAUUUUUUAUUAAAAACUUCCUUUGCACAAAAUAACCCACUUGGUAUCUGAAAAGAUGAAUUCUGGUUGUGUGUGUGUUUGAAAUAGAAAUUUUUGAGGAAAAAUAGAAAUAGGAUGGGAAAAGUACUUGGUAAGUACCUGUAACCAACUGCAAAUGUUUCUACUCAAGAUUAUGUUCUCUCUGGCACAGAUUGGAUUUUGGAAGGAAUAUUUUUUAAAAAAUGGAUUAAGUUUGGCUAACCUUAUGUAAACCACACCUGGAAGAGAAUAGAGUUUGGUCUCAGGUUUAUUUGUAGUACCCAGCAGAUCAACUUUGUAAAGUCCAUUAAGAGUGGAUUAGUAUCAGAGUCAU